AUGGAAUUCCACCCGGGAAAAGCCGGGCUGCUCUCCCUCCUCCUCGUGGCCGCGCUGAGCCGCCGAUCCCUGGAAAAAUCCCUUCCCGCCGGCUACCGGGAGCACGAGGAUCCCCGGGAAUCUCCGGGAUUGAUCCGGUGCGGGGAAUACAGCAACCAGGUGCUUCCGGACGGGCGGUGCCGGAUCGUGGCCACGCUGCCGCAGGGGGACGAGCGGCGGUGCCCGGACCUGUUCCGCUGCACCGACGAGGUCUCCUACUGGCUCCACGAGAACGAGGAGCGCAAGCAGCAGAUCCUGGAGCUCCGGGAAUCCAUCUCCGAGCUCCAGGAGGAGCUGCGGAACCACCGGCACCGCGUCAAAGCCCUGGAGAUCCAGCACGAGGAGGCGGCGGGGCGGAACCAGAGCCUGAUCCAGAGGGUGCAGGACCUGGAGCAGCAUUCCCGGGAAUCCAGCACGCUCCAGCACAUCCAGGCCACGCUGCUCUACGACAUCCAGGCCCAGAUCAACAACAUCUCCGCCCUGGCCGACUGGGCCUGGAGGAACCCCAGCUGCCUCCAUCCCGCCGAUAUCCGCGUCCAGGAGGAGAUGCGGCAUCCAGAAAUCAAACACGGCCGGAAUUGUCCCAUCGACUGCGCUUCCGUCUACUACAACGGGCUCCGGAGAUCCGGCAUUUACAGCAUCCUGCCCUCGGUCCGCGGAAUUCCCAUCGAGGUCCUCUGCGAGAUGGACACGGAAGGGGGCGGCUGGACCGUCAUCCAGAGGCGCCAGGACGGAUCCGUGGAUUUCAACCGGACCUGGAACGAGUACAAGGAAGGAUUUGGGGACCUCAACGGGGAAUUCUGGCUGGGCAACGACAACAUCCACAGGAUGACGAGCCAAGGGGAUUAUUCCCUACGGAUCGACCUGGAAGAUUGGAAUAACAAACACAAACACGCCUUCUAUCAGGUCUUCAGCAUCGAGGACGAGGAAAACUUCUACCGGCUUCACGUGGACGGAUUCAGCGGCACCGUGGAGGAUUCCUUCGCCUGGUACCACGACAAGAGGAGCUUCAGCACUCCGGAUUCCGGGAAUAUCUGCGCCGAGAUUUCCCACGGGGGCUGGUGGUACCACCAGUGCUUCUUCUCCAACCUCAACGGCGUUUACUACAAGGGCGGCCGAUAUUCCAUAAAAAACCGGAAGAUGCUGGGCCCGGAUGGGAUCGUGUGGUAUUCCUGGAAGGACACGGACUACUAUUCCCUACGGAAGGUGGUCAUGAUGAUCCGGCCGCGCGCGUUCCGGCCCCACCUCUCCCCGUGA